UGACGAUGUUAGCCGGAAGUUCCGCCUCGUGCACGUGUAAACAAUCCGGCAUCAGAAUCCGGAAGAGGGAGAUGUGCUUCACUUAGAUGCAUGUGGACACUGUAACCGAAAUUGCACAGAUGGAGACGCAAAAGGCGCCGAUGCGCGUGCUGGUGACGGGUGGGACAGGCCUGGUGGGCCGGGCGAUCGAGCAGGUGGUCCAGGCCCAGGGGGGGUGCGGGAAAGGGGAGCAGUGGAUCUUCCUCUCCUCCAAGGACGCGGACCUCAGGGAUCUGGCUCAGACACGGGCGCUCUUCGAAAAGCACCGGCCCACUCAUGUCAUCCACUUGGCCGCCAUGGUGGGGGGCUUGUUCCGGAACAUGAGGGAGAACUUGGACUUUUGGAGGAGCAACGUCCACAUAAAUGACAAUGUGCUACAGACAGCCCAUGAGAUGGGCGUGGUCAAAGUGGUGUCCUGCCUGUCCACCUGCAUCUUCCCCGACAAGACCACCUACCCAAUCGAUGAGACCAUGAUCCAUAAUGGCCCCCCACACAACUCCAACUUCGGUUACUCGUACGCAAAGAGGAUGAUCGAUGUCCAGAACAGGGCUUAUUUCCAGCAGCACGGCCGGCGCUACACUGCAGUCAUCCCUACCAACGUGUUUGGGCCCCACGACAACUUCAACAUCGAGGAUGGACACGUGCUGCCCGGACUCAUUCACAAGGCCUAUAUCGCCCACAAGGAGGGAUCUCCGCUGCAAGUCUGGGGCACUGGAACUCCUAGGAGACAGUUCAUCUACUCCUUGGACCUGGCGCGUUUGUUCGUCUGGGUGCUGAGGGAGUACAAUGAGAUUGACCCCAUCAUACUGUCUGUGGGUGAGGAGGAAGAAGUUUCCAUCAAGGAAGUGGCAGACAGUGUCGUCGAAGCCCUAGGGUUCAAAGGUCAAGUAGUCUUUGACACCAGCAAAGCUGAUGGGCAGUUUAAGAAGACUGCCAGCAACGCCAAGCUGCGGCGUCACCUCCCUGAUUUCACCUUCACCCCGUUCUCUCAAGCGGUGAAGGAGACUUGCGACUGGUUUGUGGCCAACUAUGACACUGCCCGCAAGUGAGCCCGAACCGCCAUCUGAUUGGUGGACAGGGCUGCCGUUCUGUGUCACCUCUCCUCUGGAGGCAGCACCGCCUCAGAAGAGGAAAGAACUGUUGCAUUAGACAGGCAUUAACUGGAACCAAGAUGGCACCCAGGCGACUUCUAGGACAGCAGUUUGUCUGUAGCCUCCCCUCCUCCCCUAACGCACUACAACAAUCCAGUCAGACAGAAACUACAGGGAAGACACACCCCCUUAAUGGGGUAAUGGCUUUGAUAAUCGUUUUUAAUUUGUAUUUAUAGUAUGUUAAACUGCUGUACUGGAGCCAAACCAAGGCUGAAUAAAGACAGACUGUGAUGACUGCUGUAA